AUGAGGAAGAGUCUUAACAAUAAAAACACUCCUCUCGUAUAUCAGGAUGCAAACGGUGAUACUCAAAUAAUUACUUUAGAACAACUCAGUAAGGAUGAAUCAAUCCACUUUGGAGAUACUGUCAUUUCUACUCAACCAUCCUUUGAGGUAUCUGGAGGAAGUCAAGUCUUUAAAAGUGCAAAAGAAAACGUUGAAAGUGUAGAAAGAAAAAUGCAAGUCCUUUACAACUUACAACAUGAAAGAGGGAAAAGUGACACAACAUCUGAUCAAACACAACAAAAAGUUAAAAUUAACUCUCCUUUUCAACACGCAACUCUAAAACCAAAAUUUAACUUCUUUGAACGAGCUGAAGAAGAAAGGAAAAGUAAGUCAUCAGUUUCAACUUCAGGGAGUUCAUUAAAUUCGACAUUACAUAUUCCUACAGAAAAGCCAGAAGAAGUUAUUAUUAAUCAACAAAGUGGAAUGAAAAAAAAUGUGCUAGGAACAGAUAGUACAAAUGAAAAUACAGAACAAUUAUUUCAUACAUUAGAGAUGCUUGAAGACAAAGGCCUUGCUGAUAGACAAACAUCCAGUAAAUUUAGUUCGUUAAAAGAUCUUGUUGAAAAGAAAACAUCAAGAGAUGUUUCUGGAGUUGAAAAAAGUAACAUUGAGAUGAUGAACACAGUUUUAUUUGAGUGGGUUGAGGUUCUCCAACAGAUCCUUGAUACUCCAGUACAGCCAAGCGCAAAAGUUGAUAAAGUAGAUUUAUUAAUUUUCUUUACUGAGUUAAGAAGAUUCUGUUUGGAUAUAAUCAACUGGAUUGAUACAAAUAAGUGA